CCCUUUCUCUAUUUUUGGCUACCCUUCAAAUUCCAAAUUUACCCAAGUAGUAGCAGUAUCCUAUCCUAUUACAAGUGGAGUAUUUCCCUGUCCGAAUUGUCACUUUCGGGUCUGUGUACUUGCCCCAUCUCCCGCUCCGUUUUGCUGCAUCUCACACUAUACCUAUUUCGUACGUGCCCAUUUUCAUUUUCUUUUCUUUUCUUUUUUCAACAAAGAACACCUUUUUUCAAUUCAACAAAAAGGAAUUGGGAAAAUUAUAAUAUAGGAUUAGGGUUUUCUCCUCUCUCUACAAUUCUUCAUUUCUCCGCCUUUUUUUUUUUUUUUAAUUCUAAAUAAUUUUUUCUACUCAAUUCUAGGGUUUUCAAUUCAAGAUCGAAGCUUUUUAUUCUGGGAAUUUCAAUCUUUUAUUUGUCAUUUCAUCAAUUAACUUGGGUAUUUGCUUAAAAUUUGGUUUGGUGGGUAACGGUGCUUAUUUUAUUUUCAUUGAAUUUGGGUUUUGCUGGUUGGUAUUAAUUAUAAGUUGAGGCGUUUUUCGAAUUUGGGUUUUGCUGGUUAUUAUUUAAUCGUGUCAUGGGUCGACCAUGAUUAUUGGGUUUCUUUAUUAUUAAUUAUUCAUUUAUUUGGACUGCAUUUUAUCAGAUUAUAUAUAAAUUUCAGCAUUUAAGAGUAGUACACUAUUUGGGGGUUGUGUUUAAUUUAAUUGGAGAGUGAAUGUAUCCUUCUGCUAUGGAUGGUGGCACGGCUUUGAUUCCGACACGCUUCGUUUGGCCUUAUGGGGGAAGAAGUGUAUACUUGAGUGGCACAUUUACUGGGUGGUCUCAAUGGCCGAUGGCUCCUGUUGAAGGAUGUCCAACUGUAUUUCAGACUGUCUGUAGCGUACCACCUGGUUACCACCAGUACAAAUUCAUUGUUGAUGGUGAAUGGCGACAUGAUGAGAACCAGCCUUUUGUGAGUGGAAGCUAUGGAACAGUUAAUACUGUCCUCUUGGCCAGAGAAUCUGACUACCUUCCAGCAGUACUAACUGCACGAAUACCUCCUACUUCUAACAUGGAUGUGGAUAAUCAGGCCUUUCAGCGUUUGGUAAGAGUGUCGGAUGUUGCCUUGCCAGAUGAUGCUUCCAGGAUAUCACAGACAGAUUUAGAUAUUUCCCGACACCGUAUAUCUGCAGUCCUAUCAAUGCAUUCAGCUUAUGAGUUGCUUCCAGGGUCAAGCAAGGUCAUUGCUUUGGAUGUUGACUUACCCGUAAAGCAAGCUUUUCAUAUUCUUCAUGAGCAGGGUAUUCCGAUGGCUCCUUUAUGGGAUUUCAGCAGGGCACAAUUUGUUGGAGUCCUUAGUGCUUUGGAUUUUAUUUUAAUCAUGAGAGAGCUUGGGAAUCAUGGCUCCAAUCUGACAGAGGAAGAGCUUGACACACAUACUAUUUCUGCAUGGAAAGAGGCAAAAUUUUACUUGAGCAGACAAGCCAAUGAGCAUGGUAAAUCAGCUCCACGGCGACUUGUUUGGUCAGGGCCAGAUGACAACUUGAAGGAUGUGGCAUUGGAAAUUUUGCAAAACGGUGUGGCUACCAUACCUAUAAUUCAUUCACCAGCUCAGGAUGGAUCAUAUCCUCAGCUAUUAUAUCUUGCUUCUCUUUCUGAAAUACUAAAACAUAUUUGCAGGUAUUUCAAGCAUUCUCCAGAGUCUUUACCAAUACUUCAGUUGCCAAUUGGUGCAAUUCCUUUGGGCACAUGGGUUCCGAGAAUUGGAGAGCCAAAUCGACAACCCCUGGCAAUGUUGAGGCCUACUGCUUCUCUAAGUGCUGCAUUGAACUUGUUAGUGCAAGCUCAAGUUAGUGCAAUUCCCAUUGUUGAUGACAAUGACUCCCUGUUGGAUAUAUACUCCCGAAGUGAUAUUACAGCUUUGGCCAAGGACAAGAUUUAUACGUACAUUAAUCUUGAGGAAAUGAGCAUUCAUCAGGCAUUGCAACUUGCAGAAGAGCCAUAUGCACCUUAUGGAUUGAGCAGUCAAAAAUGUCAGAUGUGUUUACCGUCUGAUCCCUUGCUUGAAGUGAUGGAAAGAUUGUCCAGACCUGGGGUCAGGCGACUUGUUGUUGUGGAAGCGGGAAGCAAACGUGUAAAAGGUAUCAUAUCAGUCAGUGACAUUUUCAAGUUCUUGCUUGGAUAGAAGAGUCAAACAAUUGAAGAUGGACGUGAUUUUGAUGCUGGUUGCCUAAUAUGUGUUGCUCUUAGCUCAUGGUGCUCCCCAUUAUUUAUGGGGAUUUGAACCUGAUUCUUUCGUGUAUACAAUUGAUUGGCCUCAAGUAUAAUGGGCUGGUCUUUUAGGAUGUUAGGUUAAGGAAUUGAGGCAUGUAAAUUUUCACAAUUGUUUCCCUCUCUUUUAUGUUAGCUCAUCUAGGGAUGAUUUGAAUUCUCCUGAUAAGAAUUCAUAGCAUCUUAUUAGUGGUGGAGAACCGCAUUCCUUGUCAA